CCUAUGAUGAAAGCUUUGACCACUGUUAACGUUUAGCGCCUAGCCUAGCAACCUAGCAACCUAGCCAGCGUAAAGCUGAUAGCGAGCUUAGGAAAUGACAGCUUUCUUGAUAAGCUGUGACUUCAUGUUGAACCGAAGCAGGUGCAUACCAACAUCUUAGUAAAGUGUUACAGUACUUCAGAUGAUUAGGUACCUGACCAAGCAAUACCUAAACUUUCAUAACUUCCAAUACCUUGGGUUAAGUACCUAGAAAAUAACACUACAACUACUCCCUUCCACAUGAACCCGUAACGACACAUCUACCAUGUUUAACGCCCUAAACCGCUACCUCUCGCGCCUCGACGGCGAUGCGCGACCGCAGCAGAAAGAUGGUCCGGGAUAUGGCUUCCAGGUGUUGCGCAACACGAACCUCGAGCUAGGUAUCGAGCCGUGGUUCGACUUUAUCGUCGGGAUAAACGGCCGCGUCAUCGACAACCCCGACCCCCGCCUCUUCGCGCAAGAGAUCCGCAACUGCGCCGGCGGCACCGUAGCCCUGGGGCUCUGGAGCGCGAAAGGCCAGCGCACGCGGGUGCUGCACGUGCCGGUCCCGCCCUCGACGCGAUCCCUCGGCCUGUCGCUGCAGUGGACGCCGCUAGCCGUCGCCUCCAACGUCUGGCACGUGCUCGACGUGGCCGCGAACUCGCCCGCCGACCGGGCGGGCCUCCUGCCCUACAGCGACUACAUCCUCGGGACCCCGGACGGCGUGCUGCACGGCGAGGGCGGGCUCGGCGAGCUCGUCGACGACUACCUCGAGCGCCCCCUGCGCCUGUGGGUCUACAACAACGAGUACAACGUCACGCGCGAGCUGCAGAUCGUCCCGAGCCGCGCCUGGGGCGGCGAGGGCGCCUUGGGCUGCGUCCUGGGGUUCGGCGCGCUGCACCGUUUGCCCCCGCCGCUGAGCGAGCCUGUGCACGCGCCGGGGGAGACGAUGUUCGACGGGGACGACAUCAGCAGUGGUGCGACGGCUAACGUCGGCGCGAGCGCGGAGCAGUUCACUACCUUGGCGCCGGCGCCGGGCGACGCUUCAAGCACGUUCGUCCCAGCGGCGUCGUCUGAUUUCCUCGUUCCCGCGCAACUAGUCAGCAGCACGCCUCCGCCAUCGGGCAGCGGCGCGCCGCCGCGCUCGAAGAAGAAAGAGAGGCACGGGCACGCUCCGAAGAGCUUGAUGGACGACUACUUUGCGGAAGAGGAGAAGAAGAGCAGGGAGUUGGAUCGGAACAUAUCUAGUAGCAAGACGCCGCCUCCGCCGCCUCCUAAAGCCGGCGGUGGUCCUCCGAAAGCGCCUCCAAAGGCCGAGGAGCCAAAAGCUGACGGUGGGAAAGAUGAUAAUAAUGAUGGUGACGUCGACUAGACUUAGCGCAACGAUUUAAAAUGGAAGACGUAAUACAGCAAGAGAGCGAGAGACUCAAAAGAAGA